AGCUAUAAAAAUUAUGUUCUGUCCAACAACUAAUUUAUAUAACUGUAUACACUGGUAUUUUAGUUACUUGAACAUACUAGUGCAAUGUAACAGUGCAUAGCACUUUGCUGUAUGUCUCAUUUUCACAGGCUAACGUGGUGUGAGCUCUCUGAAAAAGCCUGCAGUGGUCUGACAUCCUCAGUCCUAAGCUCUGCAUUCUCAAACCUUUUGGAGUUGGACUUUAGCCAUAAUGAUUUGCUUGAUGUGGGUGUGCAGCAUCUUGCAGAUGGCCUGAUGAGUUCGCACUGCAAACUGGAGAUUCUGAAAUUGUCUGGUUGUCAGGUAACAGAGACAGGCUGCUCUUUCUUGGCCUCAUCUCUCAAAUCGAAUGCAGCUUCCCUCCUGAAACAUCUGGAUCUGAGUUAUAAUCACCCAGGAGACCUUGGGACCAGAGAACUCACUGUUAUAAAGGAAGAUCCAGAUAUGAAGCUGAAGACACUGCUUUUGGACCAUGGUGGAGAGCAUCGGUUAAAGCCGGGGAUAAAGAAGUAUGGUGUAGAACUGAAGUUUGACGAAACUACGGCGAGCAAAAGGCUUAUCCUAGAAGGAGACAGGAAAGUAAAAACUGUAAAGAAUGUAGAGGAUAAACCUGCACGACCUGAAAAUGAGGACAGGUUCAAGAGGUCUCAGGUGUUUUGCGUCGAGGGACUGAAAGGUGUCUGCUACUGGGAAGUUGAACGGAGUGGGACGGUCUGCAUUGCUGCAGCAUACGAAAGAGUGGGUAGAAAUUGGGACAGUAGUGGUGGCCUAGGAUGCAAUGAGUUGUCCUGGGGUCUGUACUGCUCUAAGACUAAAUGCACUGCCUUGCAUGGGAAGACAUCAACAAAGCUGGAAUUACCUUCCAGUAAAAAAAUAGCAGUGCUCUUGGAUUGGGAAGGUGGAAUUCUGAGUUAUUACAGUGUUUCAUCAGAAAAGCUGAGCCUCAUACACACCUUCCAUGCAAAAUUCACAGAGCCACUCUUCCCAGCAUUCUGGUUUAAAACAGGCUCUGUGACCUUAUGUGAGAUAAACUAAAUCACUGUGGUUGAAACAGGUUUGAUAAACUGAUCACCACAGAUGUUCUUCGUAUUUCAUUCAAUUAACAUUUCAGUUCCUUAACAUGAAAAAUUACUUUGCUGUUUUUCUCUUUUAGAUGUGACUUGUUUAUAAAUGAUAAUAAAGAAAAAAGAACAAUGUAAAAAGAAAACUAAGCUUUUGCAAUAUCAUAAAGUUACAUUUGCACAACAUCCAGAGGUCCUUAAAACGCACUAACCCAUGGCAGUUGUAGAUCUGCUAUGAUACAGGCAGCUCUGUAUGUCAAAAUAACGGACAGUCGCUGAUUUCACUCAUUUCUUUCUAAAACUUGUUUGUGUUUCCUUGUUUAAUCACUUAUAUUUUUCUAAGUGUAAGAUAUCCUGAUAUCCUGAUAACGAUGAUGAAUAUUACGAGUUUCAAGUAUGUUUUUUUUUUUUUUUUUUACUUCAGUUCUGCCUUGUUCUUGUUUUCAUUACUUUAAUUUUAUAUUUUAUAAAUGACAAUAAAGCAGAACAUGUACAAGAAAGAAUACAUAACUGUAUCCCUGUCAAAUAAUACUUACAUUUCCUCUUGAACAUUGACAUUUUUUUGGUUUUUUGUUUUCACUUUCUAAUGAAAAGAUAGCUAACGUUUAAAUUAACAGUGAGGUAAAAUGGAUGGAUCGUUUUAUUGUCAGUAUCAUCAGCAGUGAAGACUGAUGGUCAUAUAUAACUGUACAUACAGAAACCUGACUUUUUGAUAUACAUAGAUAUAAAAAAAAUAAAUCCACUGAUUAAGGUCAGACUGUGCUUGAGAAAUUGAUGAAAAAAUAAUUUUGUUUUACCAAGUUUGAAAAAGAGAGAGAGAAAAAGAUAAGGAAAGCGAGAGGCUUCAAUAGUAAAAAUUUAUGGAGAGUUGAUCCCAAAGCCAAAUAAAUGUAUGCCAAAAAAUAUCAAAAUGUCACACCUCACAGACUUGUUAAGGACAAAUUACUCACAUUUGACUUUGGCUCACAUCACAGGAUUAGGUUUUUAUCAGGUGUGUUUCUUAACUGAUACAUCUGGAAACUUGAACACAAAAACACUUCUGAAUGUCACCCGAUGAGUGUUGUGGUUGGACUGUAUCUACUGCCUUAGUCUUUAUCUUCCUAAUUAUGUGUCAGUUGAUCGCUUGUCCAGGUGGUAUGUUCCUACAUCCACGUCUGUCUUUGUCUCUGUCCAAAUUUCUUUUUUCAUUCACGCUUUCUAACAUAAUUUCAGUCGAGCGGCUGUCAGACACAAUUUAUUUCUCUUCUCUUCCAUCUGGAUCCUGAUCAAACUUUACUGUGUUACACUGUGAAGAAGCCUGGUUGACUAUAGGAAUAAUUAGGGGAGUAAUGGCAGCUGCAGUCUUGGUAUCCAGGUCUCAAACACAUGCACAAUCAUAGACAUUUACAGUACAAUAAUGUGAUGUUAAAACAGCCCAUUUCCCCUGACACAUACGGUUAUAUUCAUGGCAGUUGAGUCUGUUGGGAGUGAUUAUUUCCAUCGGUGUCCACCGGACUGUAAGAAGAGAAGAGAAAAACUGAAAUAAAGACCUUUUGCAUUUACAGUAAGGUAAGCUUAGCAGCUUCCAUGUCCAAAAUUGUCUAAACCUUCUUAAUGUUAAAUUUGACUACUUUAUUUCAUUCUUUCCUCCCUAAUCUUUGCUUAAAGUUACAGAGCAUAACCAGUGAUUUAUUUCCUUUUUAGUUUGUGACCAGUUUGAGCCUUUCUGGUUAAUCAAAGAGUAAAGAAACAAUAUUUCAAAUAUUCUAAAAAUCACUGUUAAAACUAAACAUCCUUACAGUGGGGACAGUUUGCAUACUACUCAAGACACAGAUUGUUUACUUAAAAUUGGCACAGGCCAUUGUGCAUUUUAACAUUAUAUUAUUGUAUGCAUCCAUCUUUUUUUUGUUUGGUUUUUUGUUUUGUUUUACCAAAAUUCGCAUCCAAGCUGGCAUGUUUGGGCAUUUUAAUGUAGGAGGCAAUGAAUUACACAUAUAAUAUAGGAGUGGAUGGUGGCUAGAAUGAAAGCAGUUACAAAGGAAGGGAUGGAAGUAGAAGAGAAAGGAAGCAUCUGGGACAAUGUGGCAACGAGCGAACUGAAGGCCUUUUUGCACCACAAUCCAAUUCAUUGUUUCCAUAAACCUAUUUUUUGACUGAGUCUGUGAAGAGCCUUAAAGAAAAUCACAAUAAAAAAUUUAGUUCCAGUUCUCACAUCACGGGCCUUAUAAAAGCAACAGACCUGUUUGAUUUGCUUAGGAUCUCUCCUGUUUCUGCUUCUUUCACUCCAUACUAUUGAUCUGCUGCAGCUAAUUGACAACACAUUUAGGGCCCCUCACGCUCUUUCUGUCUCACUCUGCAUCAGUCUCUUAAGAUUUGUUUUGAUUAGAGAGCUGCCUGAGCACGCUUUGAGUUGAAUGAAUGAAUGGUUUGUGUGGGUUUACAACAGACUUUGUGAGAAAUGUGUGGACGUCUCUGCUUUUGAACUGGAAAAUGUACAUUCCUUUUGCAAUGAUCAAAAAACCUUUUAAAACCCCACAGGCCCUGUUAAAUGAUUAUGUUGACCUUUUUAAUAGUGUAUGAGCAUCUACUGACUAAUACAACAUUUAAUUAAUUUUGGCUGAUUUCCAGAAGUAAAGGUUUUUAAACUCAUCAGGCAAUGGAUAAUCUAGUCAUGGCAGCAAUAAUGAGUUGUGUUGUUGAGGAUACAUGGAACUUUUGCUUUUGUAAAAACUGUUGUUUUUGCUGCUUCUAACCUUUGUUAGCUGCUGUUAGCUGGCUGUUGGUAGCUGCUGUUAUUGAAACAUUCUUUGAAGUGUUUGGACUGUGAUGAUUAGUGAAUAAACUCUCAUAUGGUGUGAGACUGUAAUUAAACUAUAUCGGAGAGAAAGAGAGAUUUGUAGGAUACUCAAGCCUAACAUUAGCUAACAUGUUAGCUUAAAACAGCUGUUGUUGUUUAGCUGUCAGCUGUCUGGAGACAGGAGGGUUGCAUUUCUAAUCCAGUGCAUUCCAACCACUGUGCUGCGGCACAUAGGUGUGCUGUGAGAAAUGAUCAGUUGUCUCGUGGAAGAUUAUCUGGUUCCACCUGGUACUCUAAGCAAUCAGCGUGAGUAACAGGCAGAAAAUUACAUUAGCUUUCACUAGAGGGCAGUACUACCUGCUCUAAUUAAAUUGGUUGCAAACUGCCAGUAAAACAGAAGAAAUUACAUAAUAGUCAUGCUGUGAGUGAGACAAUGCAGCACGUAAUAACAAUAGAUAAAUAUUUGAAAGGAAAAAGUAGUCAAUCUGACCUGGGUCCUGACCUUUUUAUCACGAGGCUGAUGGUGCAGAUACAAACUGAAAUACCCCCCAAGAAGCCUUCUCUGCCUAGCCAUAUGCAUAAAACACAAUUAGUCAGAAAAGGGAUAUCUUUCCCAGGACACUGUAUUUAAAUAUGAUGGGGAAUAUAGUGGCUUCCAAAAACUGAACCUAUGUAUUUUUAGUGGAUUAAUUUGUUAAUUCAAAAUUUGUUUGAAGAUCUGAAACUUCUAUGUGACAAAAAUGUAAGAAAAGAAGUCAGGAAGAGGAAAAGGACUUUUUCACAGUACUCUCUGUGUUUCUGCAGACUGCAGCAGCCCACCUCUGCCCUCCACAGAUGAGCCACAACCACACCCUGGUCUAUGGAGUUUAUGAGAGGCAUCUGCCACUUCCAGUUCCUCAUUUAUCAAUGAGCAGGUUUACUGUUGUGAAGGGAAACUUUUUAACCCAGACCACUAUAUUAUCCUAAAUUUAACCAAUUAGACUGUGAUAACUAAAAUGAAUCAAGAAAUAUCCACUGCAUAAAAAUACCAGGAAGUGAAAGUAAAAAGCAAGUUAAUAAAAGCAAACUAGAAGUGAAAAGGACCAAAGUGCAGAACACAAUCCUUGUCUUACUUUGUUGGGAUCCUACGGCAAUUUUGUGGAAGAGAAAGAACUGAGAAGAAGACAGAUUUGGAAAGUGAAGCAGGUUGUGAGUGAAAAAGUGGUGUCGUGGCCAAAAAGCUCCUGCUUUGUUAAUGCACUGUGUGCAGGCGUGUUGGCACUCACAGCAUUUUAGGUCAUUUCUGACUGAAAGUUCUCACAGAUUACAUCUCCACUGACAGUCUGACCCUGGAGAACAACUCAUGAUGUGAAUGUUAAAACAAGGAACACAUCCUGGUUCCACUCCUGACCUGAUGUGCCGGGAAACUCUGGAAUCCUUAGUUUUUGUUUUCUAACCACAGGCUGACAUACGAUGAUGCAGAGGAGGAGUCGGAUAGUCUGAAGAAGUUUGUGAGAACUUGCUAACAAACUAAUUUUAGCACAUUAGCUAGGAAAGCCUUGAUGUUGACAACCUCAGUUUAAUAAAACAGGCAAGUUGAACAGGAUGUUCCUCAACCACUUCCAAUGUGAAGAAUUAAUUUUUCAUUAAUACUUCUACUCCUCCUGUCGAUAUUGACCACAUUACCAUGGUGUACAUUGCUCAAUUAAAGAGCUAAAUGUAAAAUUUCAUGCUGCUUUUAUUAAAAGAAUCUUACUAA